AAAGCAUUCCCGGUGCCUGGCUGCCGCCUGGUUUUCCAAGAAGCAUUGCAUCAAACAGAGCUCCUCUGUCUGCCUGCUGCCCGCAGUAUUUACCUCUUAUUAUUGUGUUGCAGCAAGAUCACCGAGAAUGCAAAGAAAUCCUUGGCCUCUCUUAAGAGAGAAAAUCCUCAAAUUGAGCCAACGCUUGCCAUUAUUCAGGCACAUAAUGACCAUAUGAUUCAAGAAAUAAACAAGAACUUUGCCAAAGAGGUUGGCGUACGUGUUAUUCAUGUCAGUCUCCCUGAAGGCAGCAGCAAGGAUGAGAUUGUCAAUGAAAUCUUGAGACUUAACGAUGAUCCUAAUGUGCAGGGCCUUGCCCUUGACCUCCCAGAAAGCUUAUGUAGCAGUAAGGUAUUAAAUGCUGUGAAACCAGAGAAGGAUGUGGAUGGAUUAUCCGAUGUAAACCUCGGACGCUUGGUACGUGGCAAUGCCUCUGAUUGUCUAGUUCCUCCUACAGCAUGUGCUGUGAUGGAGCUUCUGGAAGAUUUGGGUGGAAAGAUGGUGCUGCUGGUGGGAGCCGAUGGGGCAGUGGGUGCUGCCUUGCAGUGCCUGCUGCAGAGGGCAGGAGCGGCGACCCUGAGCUGCUGGUGGAAAUCCCCUCAGCUGCAGAGCAAGCUUCAGCAUGCAGAUGUGGUGAUAGUUGGUGGUACAAAACCUGAUGAUGUCCCUUGGAGCUGGAUGAAGCCUGGAACCACCAUCAUCAGUUGUUCUCGUGACUUGCAGUCAGAGAAACACAACUCUGGUCAGCAAAACAGCCAUGCUGCUGAAAACACUGUUGGUUCUCUUGCAAUAGCAAUGCGAAUGCAGAACAUGGUGAAAAACAUGGAGCGAUGGAUCCAGUCCCAGCAGUGCAGGAAGUGGGACCUCCGGUGCUUGAAAUUGCAGCCCCGCUCCCCAGUGCCAAGUGAUAUUGAGAUUUCCCGAGCACAGAGUCCAAAAGCUGUUGAUGUACUUGCCAAGGAGAUAGGAUUGCUUACAGAUGAAAUUGAGAUCUAUGGCCAAACCAAAGCCAAAGUACGUUUGUCCCUGCUGGAAAGGUUAAAGGAUCAACCAGAUGGAAAAUAUGUUCUAGUUGCUGGAAUAACCCCUACACCCCUAGGAGAGGGGAAAAGCACAGUCACAAUUGGUCUUGUUCAAGCACUUACUGCACACCUUCACAUUAAUUCCUUUGCCUGCCUGAGACAGCCUUCUCAAGGACCUACUUUUGGAGUUAAAGGUGGAGCAGCCGGUGGUGGAUAUGCUCAAGUGAUUCCCAUGGAGGAGUUCAAUCUUCAUUUGACUGGAGAUAUUCAUGCUAUAACGGCUGCAAAUAAUUUGUUGGCUGCUGCUAUUGAUGCCAGGAUCUUGCAUGAGAACACUCAGUCUGAUAAGGCUUUGUAUAAUAGACUGGUUCCAGUAGUUAAUGGUGUGAGAGGUUUUUCUGCUAUUCAGCUUGCCCGUCUGAGAAGGCUGGGAAUAAACAAGACUGAUCCUGGGACUCUAACAGAAGAGGAGAUCAGCAAAUUUGCACGCCUUGAUAUUGACCCAUCUACCAUAACAUGGCAAAGAGUGGUGGAUACAAAUGACCGAUUCCUGCGCAAAAUAACAGUUGGGCAGGCAAAUACAGAAAAAGGAUUUGUCCGUCAGGCUCAGUUUGAUAUUGCUGUUGCAAGUGAAAUUAUGGCCAUCCUGGCACUUACUACCAGCCUUCAAGAUAUGAAGGAGAGACUGGGGAAAAUGGUGGUGGCUAAUGACAAGAAAGGAGAACCAGUAACAGCAGAAGAUUUGGGAGUAAGUGGUGCUUUGGCAGUUUUGAUGAAAGAUGCGAUUAAGCCCACACUAAUGCAGACAUUAGAGGGAACACCAGUAUUUGUUCACGCUGGACCUUUUGCUAACAUUGCACAUGGAAAUUCCUCUGUUUUAGCAGACAAAAUUGCUCUUAAAUUAGUUGGAGAGAAAGGCUUUGUAG